UAUGCAACAGGUAUCUCGUUGUUGGGGACACCGACGGAGAUUUAUGUACAUGGCACAAGUUAUCUAUUCAUUUGUUGCUCUGUCUUCUUCGUCACCAUUGUCACGUCGGUCGUGUAUCUGCCGGUUUUUCACGAGCUCAAACUCACUAGCACUUAUGAAUAUCUCGAGAAGCGUUUCGAUAAAAGAAUAAGAGUAUUAGGUUCGGUCCUUUUCGCCAUCAGUAUUAUAACUUGGCUUCCAAUUGUCAUCUACGUACCCGCAUUGGCCUUCAAUCAAGUCACCGGAGUAAAUGUACACAUAGUUACACCCUUUGUAUGCAUCGUUUGCAUAUUUUACACCUGUGUGGGUGGUCUCAAGGCAGUCGUGUGGACAGAUUUCUUUCAGACUUUCAUUAUGUUCGGCUCCAUGUUACUAAUUACAAUUAAGGGCACAGCUGACAUUGGUGGAUUGUCAUUAGUAAUUCGAAGAAAUCUAGAAUCCGGAAGGCUCGAAUUACCUAUGAUGGAUUUCAGUCCUUUCACAAGACACACAAUUUGGGCGCUUACUAUAGGUGCUUUCGUACAUUGGUUGCAAAUCACCGCCAUUAAUCAGAAUAUGAUUCAACGAUAUUUAGCUCUUCCUACUUUGCAAUCAGCUAGAAGAGCACUUUGGUGUUUUACGAUUGGAGUUGUAAUUCUGAUUAGUAUCUGUGGAUAUGCUGGUAUGCUAAUUUACGCCUGGUAUCAUAAAUGUGAUCCUCUUACGACUAAGUUGGCACGUGCUAAGGAUCAGCUAUUACCGUUGUUAGUUAUGAACGUUUUAGGAGAAUUUCCAGGACUGCCCGGUCUUUUCGUGGCUGGUGUAUUUAGUGCCGCACUUAGUUCGUUAUCAACCGGUCUAAAUUCCAUGGCAGCCGUGGUGCUCGAAGACUUUGUUAAGCCUUUUAAAAAGACUCCUUUUACACGCAGAGGUGCCGACAUCUUUAUGAAGCUGACAGUUGUCGUUUUAGGAGCAAUCUGUGUUGCUCUCGUUUACAUAGUUGAACAAGCAGGCACUCAUAUGCUGCAGUUAUCCAUAAGUCUAGGCUCUAUCACCAAUGGACCAUCCUUUGGUAUUUUCAACAUGGGAAUGUUAUUACCAUGGAUUAAUGGCAAGGGUGCUCUAAUCGGAGGAAUUGCAGGUUUGAGUUUCAUGGGUUGGCUUGGUCUAUCUGCUGAAGCAGCUAUCACUAAUGGACAAAUGAAAUUUGAUAUGAAACCUGUUACCACGGAGGGAUGCACCUAUUCAUUCCCACAAGUAGAGAAUUUACUGUUAUCUGCACCACCAGAUUCAAUUUUGGACAACACUGGAGAAGAACCAUGGGCAUUAUAUCGUAUCAGUUACCUUUGGUAUACCAUGACUGGAGCCAUAGUGACUAUGAGUGUUAGUCUCAUCGUAACUCUGAUUACCUCCGAAGAUGUUGAAAAAUUAGACCCGAUGCUUGUAGCACCAUUUGUAAGAAAAUAUUUAAAGAAUUCGAGGAAAGAUGUUGCUUCCAAGGAACUUCAUCAAAUCAAGGUUGCAAAUUUGAAUGAAAAAGUGGCGUCUUGUACUAUCAAUGAGGAUGAUAAAUUAUUAUCAGGAGGAACUUCGACAUGAUGUAAUAAAUAAAUAAUUAUUAUUAUAAAUUUUAGUGCUCGGAAUUUGUUAAAAAUAGAACAUGAUUUUGUAGUUCAAUAACACUGAUUUAUAUAUUAAAGUCAAAGUCGUACUGACAAUGAAUUAUUAAGAGAA